CAGCAGCCAUCUGUACACUUUUCUCGCGUUCCGCGGUUGUCUGCUGCGAUCACCUGUCGGACGGAGUUUACGUGCCACUCGGUUCAAACCUGAAGAAUCGAUCCGGCGAGCCGGAUAAAACGAGGGAAUAAAUUAGAACGCCGGGCGAGCAUCGCCGCGCGAAGGGGAAGACCUUUUCCGUCCAGCCAGGCUCGAGAUGAGGCUCCGCUGAGAAGAAGACGCGACACCGCUGUUGUCCCCCUCUCGCACGUCCCCGCGUAACGGGCUGUCUCGCUAUCUGAUAUCGCCGCGCGUACGAAUCGAAUCGUCAACAAUGCAAAGUGUAAUAAACCACGUGAAGGGCACCGCGCUGGGCGUCGCCGAGUACUUGACGCCGGUGCUGAAGGAAAGUAAAUUCCGGGAAACUGGUGUCUUGACACCGGAGGAGUUUGUAGCGGCCGGUGACCACUUGGUGCAUCACUGUCCCACAUGGCAGUGGGCUACUGGUGACGAGGACAGGGCCAAGGCUUACUUACCAAAGGGCAAACAGUUCCUGCUGACUCGUAAUGUUCCCUGCACGCGUCGAUGUAAACAGAUGGAAUACAGCAACGAGCAAGAGUGUAUUAUAGAAGCUGACGAUCCUGAGGGCGGUUGGGUGGACACCCAUCAUUACGCCACUAGUGUCGCCGGCCUGGACGAGAGAGUGACAGAAAUGGCGUUGGAGGAGUCGCUGGGGGAGCCACCCCAACUUGAGGACAAUGCGGACGAGGACGAGGACGAUGAGGAUGCCGCUGAUAUGGACGCUUUCGAAAUUAGCGGCAUGCUGGACGAGCAGGAUAAGCACGCGGCGACGGAGAGCACUAAGAAAACUGGCCACGAGAAACGGGACUCGUUUACAGAGGGAGAGAUCAUUCGCACUCGCACCUAUGAUCUGUACAUCACAUACGAUAAAUAUUAUCAAACGCCCAGAUUAUGGUUGUUCGGAUACAACGAGAAUCGGAAGCCGCUUAGCGUAGAAGAGAUGUACGAAGAUGUUAGUCAGGAUCAUGCUAAGAAGACGGUUACAAUGGAGACUCACCCGCACAUACCUGGUCCUCCUAUGGCUUCUGUUCACCCCUGCAGGCACGCGGAGGUGAUGAAGAAAAUCAUGGAGACGGUGAUGGAGGGCGGCGGAGAGUUAGGAGUACACAUGUACCUUAUAAUCUUUCUGAAAUUCGUUCAGUCGGUCAUACCGACGAUCGAAUACGACUACACGCAAAAUUUUAUGCUAAAUGCGGCUGGCUAAGCGCGUAGCUGGUGUUAAAGUUAUCGGCAUUAUAUUGUGAUUAAUAUAAAUUGCUUACCAACUGUAUUUAGCGGAUACGCGGGAUAAUUGUGUAUCGAUGUUUACUACGCUUUUCAUCGUAAAUGCGAAGGAUCGUAAGGAUAUUCGAGAUUAUAUGGAUUCAAAAAGAAUUUUCGUGUACGUACCUUGAGUUGACACUGUCGUGAAUAUUGAACAAACAUCUAACUCCCGAGAAUCCAAAGAUAUAAAAUAAAUUGCACGGAUCUCGAACGUUCAGCAUUUAAAGAUCCAUUUGUACACUCGUCCUAAUUAAUUUUAAGCGAAUACGUUACACCUCCACAAGAUACUUUUUUACAUUGCAAGAUACUGAGUUGAAUAGAUCUUUAACUUUACAGCCGUUAGACAAUAAGCGAGGAAUAAAGACUACGCUGAAAGCAACGAAUGGAAUCAACGGAACAAGAGCGAGACAGAGAGAGAGGUAGAGAAAUACGGAAGUCAUUUCCUAUUUCUUAUAUGUUUAUAUUUAAGCUAAUUAUUUGUUAACUUAUCAUUUACGAAAAAAAGCUUAAAUAUUUAUCAACAUUGGUUACAGCUAAUUAUUAGGAAAAUAAAUUGGAAUAUUCCAAACAUUA